UGCUCCUUGGAUUGCCCCAGAGGAAGGCUUUCCCAUGAAAGUGUCCCUCGGUAACGGAGAAAUGGGCUUCUCCUCCCACCUGCAGCCGUGCAAGGCUGGCACCACGCGCUUCUUUACCAGCAAUACUCACAGCUCGGUGGUCUUGCAAGGCUUUGACCAGCUUCGACUCGAAGGCUUGCUCUGCGACGUGACCCUGGUGCCCGGGGAUGGAGAGGAGAUCUUCCCAGUGCACCGAGCCAUGAUGGCGUCUGCCAGUGAUUAUUUUAAGGCCAUGUUCACAGGGGGCAUGAAAGAGCAAGAUCUGAUGUGCAUUAAGCUCCACGGGGUGAACAAGGUUGGCCUGAAGAAAAUCAUCGAUUUUAUUUAUACUGCUAAGCUGUCUCUCAAUAUGGACAAUCUUCAGGACACUCUGGAAGCCGCCAGCUUUUUGCAGAUUUUGCCUGUCUUGGACUUCUGCAAAGUCUUUCUGAUCUCAGGAGUCUCUCUAGAGAACUGUGUUGAAGUUGGACGAAUCGCCAACACCUAUAACCUUAUUGAAGUGGAUAAAUACGUCAACAGUUUUAUCCUGAAGAAUUUUCCUGCGUUGUUGAGCACCGGGGAGUUUCUGAAACUCCCUUUUGAACGGCUUGCCUUUGUGCUUUCCAGUAAUAGUCUGAAGCACUGCAGUGAACUUGAACUCUUUAAGGCUGCCUGUCGCUGGCUGAGGCUGGAAGACCCCAGGAUGGAUUAUGCAGCGAAAUUAAUGAAGAAUAUUCGAUUCCCGCUAAUGACACCACAGGACCUCAUCAAUUAUGUGCAGACAGUAGAUUUCAUGCGAACGGACAAUACCUGUGUGAAUUUGCUUUUGGAAGCUAGCAAUUACCAAAUGAUGCCAUAUAUGCAGCCCGUGAUGCAGUCAGACAGAACUGCAAUUCGAUCUGACUCAACACACUUGGUUACAUUAGGAGGAGUCUUGAGACAGCAGCUUGUUGUCAGUAAAGAAUUAAGGAUGUACGAUGAGAGGGCACGGGAGUGGAGAUCUUUAGCCCCCAUGGAUGCCCCUCGUUACCAGCAUGGCAUUGCUGUUAUUGGAAACUUCCUUUAUGUAGUUGGUGGUCAAAGUAAUUACGAUACCAAAGGAAAGACUGCUGUGGAUACCGUUUUCAGAUUUGAUCCUCGGUAUAAUAAAUGGAUGCAGGUUGCAUCAUUAAAUGAGAAGCGCACAUUCUUCCAUUUGAGUGCCCUCAAAGGACAUUUGUAUGCAGUUGGUGGACGAAGUGCAGCUGGGGAACUGGCCACUGUUGAAUGUUACAACCCAAGAAUGAAUGAAUGGAGCUUUGUUGCAAAAAUGAGUGAGCCCCACUAUGGCCAUGCCGGAACAGUGUAUGGGGGAUUAAUGUAUAUUUCAGGAGGAAUUACUCACGAUACUUUCCAAAAUGAGCUCAUGUGUUUUGACCCAGACACAGACAAAUGGACACAGAAGGCUCCAAUGACUACAGUCAGAGGGCUGCAUUGUAUGUGCACAGUUGGAGACAAGCUCUAUGUCAUUGGUGGCAAUCACUUCAGAGGCACAAGUGAUUAUGAUGAUGUUCUAAGCUGUGAAUACUAUUCACCAACUCUUGACCAGUGGACACCAAUCGCUGCUAUGCUACGAGGUCAAAGUGAUGUUGGAGUUGCUGUGUUUGAGAAUAAGAUCUAUGUUGUAGGUGGAUAUUCUUGGAAUAAUCGUUGUAUGGUAGAAAUUGUCCAGAAAUAUGACCCAGAGAAGGAUGAGUGGCAUAAAGUUUUUGACCUUCCAGAAUCACUUGGUGGCAUUCGAGCUUGUACUCUCACAGUUUUUCCACCUGAAGAAAACCCUGCAUCACCCUCUAGAGAAUCACCACUUUCUGCACCAUCAGAUCACUCUUAAAACUGAAUUGUAUAAUGAUCGCGGUGCAGUAUGGAUGAUCUCAAACUUUUUCUUGAAUUAGAUUUAGAAUGGUUAUUAGCUGUUAUUAGAUAAAAAGGAAGCAUGUGUGUUUAUUAAAGGUUAAAUACAUUCUGAAAAUGUACUGAAUAUUACCAACCAGCUGUUAUGAAAAAUGUAAAAAAAAAAAAAGUAGGAAAAUGUUAGGUGUCUUUUUUGUGGUAUUGUGUCAAAUUGUAGUUAAUUGCUAUAAAUGUCUAGUUAUGGUCAUUGUGCUUCAGAGUUUGGAGUUUUUAUCUUUGACUGUAAAAUCAAAGGAAGACUGCUUCAACUUAAAAAGUAAGCAAAAG